GUUACCUGACCGGUACCUACCUAGCACGGGGCACCAGUCGCACACACGCGCAUAAGCAACCAUACAUAAAAAAAAUAAUACCGAACACACACGCGCGCACAUCGGAUUGUUAUGAGCCUGACAUCGAAUCCGCCGUCGUCCGAGGGUGGAGGUGGUCCAUCCUCGGUCUCUGCUCAGAGAACCCAGACUUUAAAGAGGAGCGUUCAACAAGCUUUUGACGGUACUAGACCUGUCUCAUCAUCGUCUUCUUCUUCGUCUUUCGCAUUCAUCCAUCCUUCGUUCUACCUUUCAGCCUCGUGAUCUCAUUCGUGGUCGAGAUGACUGGAUGAUUUUUACUUCUGCCGUCAUUGGAGGCGAUUCUCACACGAGCCUCCUCUUCCAGCCAUCUCACCAUGUUUCCUGGAAGACGACCUCCCUUUCAUCCUGCUGAUCGUGGCCUGGGGCCAAAUGUUGGUUACCAAAGCAAGGUCAGGGUCAUUGACCGCUACAAAGUCAUUGGCUUCAUCAGCAGUGGUACUUAUGGGCGAGUGUACAAGGCUGUAGGUCGUCAUGGACAGGUUGGAGAGUUCGCGAUCAAGAAAUUCAAGCCAGACAAGGAAGGCGAACAGAUCCAGUACACUGGAAUAUCGCAAUCUGCUGUGCGAGAGAUGGCAUUAUGUUCCGAGCUCAGUCAUCCAAACAUCAUCAAGUUGAUUGAGAUCAUACUGGAGGACAAGUGUAUUUUCAUGGUGUUCGAGUAUGCCGAGCACGAUCUGUUACAAAUCAUCCAUCAUCACACCCAACCGACCCGACAUCCGAUUCCGCCAUCCACCGUCAAGAGUAUAAUGUUUCAACUGCUGAAUGGUUGCCAAUAUUUGCAUGCCAACUGGGUUCUUCAUCGAGAUCUCAAACCUGCAAAUAUCAUGGUGACAUCUGGCGGCGAAGUAAAAAUCGGAGAUCUAGGUCUCGCUCGAUUAUUCAACAAACCUCUCCAUUCGCUCUUCUCUGGUGACAAAGUCGUCGUCACCAUCUGGUACCGAGCACCCGAGUUACUCCUCGGAUCACGGCAUUACACUCCCGCCAUCGACAUGUGGGCAGUAGGGUGCAUCUUUGCAGAACUACUCAGCCUGAGACCUAUUUUCAAAGGAGAGGAAGCCAAGAUGGACUCGAAGAAGACUGUUCCAUUCCAGCGAAAUCAGAUGCAGAAGAUCGUGGACAUUAUGGGAUUGCCAGCAAAAGAGAAGUGGCCGCAUCUAGUGAACAUGCCAGAAUAUUCUCAGUUGAGCACGCUUUCUGCUUCCACACAUCCGAAGUCCGGUUCCAAUUUGGAGAAGUGGUACUAUAGCACAAUCAAUUCCCACUCCGCCACCAGUAAUCCGUCAUCAAACGCCUCGCUCGGAGCAGAAGGGUACAAGCUCCUGUCAGGCUUACUCGAGUACGAUCCUGAACGACGUCUCACAGCACAACAAGCCCUGCAGCAUCCCUUCUUCAGCACAGGCGACAAAGUGAGCAGCAACUGCUUUGAAGGCGUCAAAAUGGAAUAUCCGCAUCGGCGCGUCAGCCAGGAUGAUAAUGAUAUCCGCACGAGCAGUCUUCCUGGUACCAAACGCAGUGGCUUGCCGGAUGACAGCAGGCCGGUGAAGCGGCUGAAAGAGUGAAAGCACUGGCCAGAUUCCGGCAUGCACGGAUUUAUUCCCCGUCAUGCUUUUUCUAACGGCCACAUGCAGAUGCAGAUUUA